AUGGCCCACGACGCAGACCCGCGAGGGGACUCGCACCCCGCAGGUACUGUCGCGGAUGUGGCCGCAGCCCCGUUCAGCGCGCUGCCCGUCAAGGAGAUCGCCGUCAAGGACUUCGUGCCCGUACAUCUUGCAGGAAGCGCAGGAGCAGCGAAAGUGAUCGGUGCUCACAACUCGCUGGCCAAGGUGAAAAAUGCGUGUCACUUCGAGCCCGACGUGCCCUACGCAACGGGCGUACGAGCGGCGAUUCGGAGCAGCUCGCCGGAGUUACGCCGUAGCCCGCGAGAGGACAACGACCGCCGCUCCAGCUCGCUGCUCCCCCGUUACAUACAGUUCCCCAGCGACGGCAGCCUCCUCACGGAAUCCAGCGCCUUCAGGGAGCAGCGCUCACUUCAGCGCCUGGCGGGGCACAUCCCGUGUGGUCCUGGCCGAGCCGUCCUGCGACGCACCAAGCUUCGCGCCCAGCGGUCGGCCAUGUCGGAGCUCUGGAAGAAGCCCCGACGGAACCACAUGGGCGGCGUCGGCGUAGACGCGCACGCGCGCUCCGAGCCGCCGCCGCACUCUAUGUUGCUGCCCGAAGGCGACGACGAGCUCGCGUCGACCAACGACACGGUGUUCGGGGCUCGGAGGAGCCGCUUCCUACGCGAGGAUAUCCAGCCUUGCACCUCGUUUGUCGGCAUCUCCUCGUCAACCACCGACCGCUACUGUUGCAGGGACCGUGCCUCGAGCAGCUGCCUGCCAGGAGCCUCGUCGCUUCGACGCCUGGAGAGGCCUCCGGCGUCCUCCGAGAGCCGCGGCCGGUGCCAGCUCGACCGCCUGCGGCCCAGCGGGUGUCGCCAGCAGAAACGUCGCCGCGUGCGGGUCAGCUCGUCGUCGCGCACCGACGACUACGAGGACGACCUGCUGCUCGCCAGGCUCGAGGACCACGCCGCGUGCGCCAAGCUCUCCCUCUCCGAACUCCGGUGCCCCGCGGGAAAGCUGCGCACCAGCGACAUGUUUGUCGGCGGGGGCCGGCGCUGUCGUUCAGCGGACGUGGUCGAAGUGGCUCGCAACGUGGUGAUCUGGGUGCUCGUGCUGAGCGGCACGGCGACCAUCAUGUUCGGCGCGGUGGGCAUCAUCGUGCUGCGCACCGGCUCCGUCAUGUUUCUCAGCUCGGCCGUCGGCUGUGUGCUCACAACCGCGGGUGUACUGAUGGCCAUCUACUGCACGGACGCUUCCACAGACCGUGGGCUGCAGCGAAUGAUGAACCACAAGUACAACUAUACAUGA